AUGGUCUGGGAUAUGCAUGUCGAGACGGUGCCCGAACUCUGCAACCCGACGCUUUGGCGCUACAAAGGCGAGGGCAACGCCAAUGUCAUUUUGGCCCUAAGGAGUCCACAUGAGAGAUUCGGAGGUGUGGUUUUGCGUCUGCGCAAAGGCGGCGUCCUUAUGCAUGACGAGCAGCAAACGCCCGAGAUGCCCUCCUUCCUUAUAUCGUAUACUCGCGACGUAUUGGUCCCGUUGUUUGGUAAUCAGUAUACUGGUGAGACGAAAUUGUUACAAGUAACACCGGAAUUCUUGCAAUCUCUUGCGGAAGCAAUAGAGCCCUCCCGUCCUGCUAAAAGAAGACAUAUUGGAAUCGAUGUACACCAAGAAUUUGCUCUAUUGAUGCCCGACUAUACUGUAUUCACGUCAAGCGCAGGGGUCACUUUGGCAGUGGAACUUAAGCCUAAAUGGGGAUUUAUACCCACAUCUUCGUUUAUAAAACCAGAGAAUUCUGUAAAGCGUCUCACAUGCAGAACCUGCAUGCAUCAACAUCUCAGACAUAUGCAAGGUGAUCAAACAGUUGAGAUAAUAGACUAUUGUCCACUCGAUCUGUUUUCUUGCGAUGAGUCAAGGUUACGGAAGUCACUACCACAAUUAAUAAAGCUUGCCGGGAAUAAGUUUAAGUUGUUCAUACAAGGAGAGAAGAUCGAUAUUGGACAGGAUGGAUGGCACACAAAACUCAACGAAUUCUUUCAAAUUACUAACGACUUUGUGAACGAUUCCCAUCAAAGUAAUACACCAUAUCAGCUUUUUGUAGAUCUUUUGGUAAAGGCAAUUGUGAACGAACAAGGGCUCUUUCAACGGCUACGUUCUUUGCAAAAGUCGCUGGAUUCGCUGGAUAUCGAGGGAAUAUAUCUGCUCGAUCUAAUUCAGCAAGGACAGUUACUCGAACCAAACCUGGAAGAAUGGAAAAAGACUGUUGAAGUGUAUCUUAAACGAAUGGAAGAGACUGCUGCCGGACCGCUUGUAUUGAAAGACAUGACUCUAGACGAACAACGGCAAUCAUUGUACGAAUACUUGUUAUCUGCGACUCUGAAAGAUUGCUCCAUCAUGUUUAGUUUCCAAAAACCGGACGAUAAUUGUGACAGAACUUUGAGCGGUUCUCUUUUUAAUCAUAGCGAUGAUGUCAAGAGACUUGAAAUUGGCAACAUUCUAGAUUACGUCGAAUACAGGGUCAAACUGCUUGAUUUGGAUCCAAAAUCCGUUACAAAGUUACCAUAUUAUUAUGACUUGGACACAGAAAUAGUUAAAUGUUAUCAGAAGCGCGAAUUGCACCGAGAAUGUUAUGAAUAA